AUGCCAAUUUUAACUGCUAACUUGGUAAUCUGUGAAUUCCCUGGUUCUAAACUAAGAAGAAAAAAUGAAGCUGCGUCUUAUCGCCAUGUUAUGAAUCGGAAUGGUAGUAACUCUUCUGCUGCGUCCGAUGAGUAUCUCUCAAGGGCAGUUUACACUAGCAGGGACAGCGAGCGCUUCUUCGGCGAAUUUGAGGAUGUUGAAAGUGAGGCGGAAGAACAGCCAGGCGAGCUUGUUCCUCUUGGAUUAGGAAGAAGUCCCCGUGGUCAAAGACCAAGACAUAAUAGUAUCAACUCAACAUCAUUCCAUGAUUUUUACAAACUCAUGGAUGACCACCUUGGGUCUGGUGCUUAUGGAAGUGUCGCCACGUGUGUAUCCAAGUCCACUGGUAUUGAGUUUGCUGUGAAGGUUAUUAGCAAAGAGGAUGAGACGCACACAAGAUCUAGAAUACUGAGAGAAGUCAACACCUUGAAGUUGUGUAAGAAACAGCCAAACAUCGUCCAAUUAAUUGAGUGGUUUGAAGAUGACAAAGCAUUUUACAUGGUUUUCGAAAAGAUGCGAGGAGGUCCUCUCCUUCAGCAUAUUCUUCGUAAAGGCUACUUUACUGAGGAAGAAGCUCGAAUGGUGUCGAAAGAUAUUGCAUCUGCUCUCAAAUUUCUGCAUGACCAAGGGAUUGCGCAUCGUGAUGUCAAACCGGAAAACAUCUUAUGCACGAACCCACAUCGCGUUAGUCCCGUAAAGUUGUGCGAUCUGGACCUAGCUAGUCGUCCGAUUAGAGUGAAGGAUUCUCCUCCACGAAUGACUCAGGUCUCAAGUGAACCCAAUUUGGCAUCUCCUGUAGGAAGUGCUGAGUUUAUGGCUCCUGAGGUUGUUGAUACGUUCGUUGGGGAUCGUCUUAAAUACGACAAGAGAUGCGAUAUGUGGUCUCUGGGAGUUAUUUUGUAUAUUAUGUUGUGUGGAUACGCACCUUUCCAAGGGGAAUGCGAUGACGAUGACUGCGGUUGGAUGGAUGGACAGCCUUGUGAAGAAUGUCAGAGCUCUCUGUUUGCACGUAUUCAGAGAGGCGAGUACGAUUUUCCACAUGAUGAAUGGGGAAUGAUUAGUGAUGAGGCUAAGGAUUUGGUUACUCAUCUCCUUGUGAAAGACGUGAAGAAACGCUACACAGCUGAAGAAGUCUUGAAACAUCCAUGGCUUCAACAGAAUGCUCCAAUGACUUCUCUUCAAACACCAAACAACUUGUCAAGAAAUGAUUCUGCUAGAGAUGUCCAGUUGAUGACUGAACAUUUCAAUGUAAUGAAUCGUCUUGGAGGUAGACUUAGUUCAAGACACCAGUUAUCUUCUACCAGCGAAGAAGAAGUUCGUAAUAACAUUGAACUCGAUACAUCCAAGUUCAGCUUCGGUAGUCCAGGGCUAAGUUCUUCGGCAAUGUCCUCACUUCCUCUAUUCAUGAUUCCACCAGAUGAUCUCUGGGAUGCUGCUACGGAUGAAAUGAUUUAUCCAUCUCCUAUGUAUUCUCCAAAUCCUAAUAUGGACGAUGUUCCACCCAAUACAUCUACCAUAAAUUUAUUCGAUCGCCAAACUGCAGCGGGUUCUCGUGGAAGUAUGCCACGCUUCAAUUGUGGUUCAAUGUCGAAAGUAAAAGAAUUAGAAUCUUGCCAGACAGCUAUGGCUCGUCAAGAUUCUAAAGCCGAUCUCCAUCAAAUCUCUCGCGAGACUGAGGUCAACGUGUAA